CAACGGACAUGCGCUUACAUGCAUGCCGAGCACAAGGUCGCAGACAGGCAGAGGCAACGGUGUUCUGUGGAGGCAACUCACCAGUUGAGCGACGUACUACGCGACGCCGACCCAGCUUUGCGUUGUUGUGCUAGACUGCACAAGCAAUACGGGAGAGAAAGCGUGCCCACGAGGCAUUGGUUUAUCACCAUGCUUUCUGCUCUUUCUACUCGCCUUGUGGACGCGUCAAGGCUAGGAGCUGUGGUGCUAGCCCGCAAGACCAUGGCGACCGCCGACGACAGUUGGAAGGACGCGUCCUCCAUCUAUGACUUCUCGGCCGUUGACAUCGAUGGAAACGAAGUUUCUCUCGAUAAAUACAAAGGUCAUGUGGCACUCAUUGUUAAUGUUGCAUCCAAGUGAGGAAAGACCAACAAGAACUACACGCAGCUUGUUGAACUUCACGAAAAGUAUGCAGAGUCCAAGGGUCUCCGCAUUCUCGCUUUUCCCUGCAACCAGUUCGGGGGUCAGGAGCCUGGCACUGAGGCAGACAUAAAGAAGUUUGUGCAGAAAUACAACGUGAAGUUCGACAUGUUCAGCAAGGUGAACGUCAACGGGGACAAAGCGCACCCUUUGUGGAAGUACCUCAAGCAGAAGCAGUCUGGGUUCUUAACGGACAGUGCCAUCAAAUGGAACUUCACGAAGUUCGUUGUUGACAAGGAAGGUCAGCCUGUUCACCGCUAUGCACCCACGACUGAUCCUCUGGACAUUGAACCAGAUCUCCUGAAGCUCUUCUGAGCUGUCAACAGCUGGCACGCUGAGGUGUCUGCAAACGUGGACUGCUUCCUGGGCAAGAGACCUUAUGACGGGCAAUCUACAAACCGUAAUUUGCGGCUGGCUUGCCCUGAUGUUUUUCCAGUCUUGAGUCGAGAAAGAAGACGCCUUUGCCGGAACUUCGGCAAGCCUUGCUUUUGAUGCUGUGAGCCCAAAUAAUCUUGAUCAAAUAAAGCCUAGUUUCACUCGGUCUCA